UUCGCUCUUAGAAUUAAAAAAAUAAAAAAAAUAAUGAAUAUUAAUGAAAGUCAAGAAGAAGAAUCUUUAGUCGUUGUAGAUACUAAUAAUCAACAACAACAACAAAGCUCUUCACCCCAUUUUGGUGAAGGUCAACAAGAGUUGGCUGAACAAUCCCGCCCUUGGUCAUUACAAUCGUCUCUGAGUGCUGCUUCGUCCGAUCCCGCAGUUCGAGUGUUGGGCACUCCAAUAAGUGAUAUAUCUGAAGAUGAAAAUCAGAAGCCUAGAAUGCUUGUUGAUGCUUAUGGGAAGAGAAUUGAUGAAGAGGUGGAAGAAGAGGAGAGGGCAAGCCUGAGGGAUUUUGAGGAACAGGAAAGACAAAUAGCUAGGCAAUUGGCUAUAGAGGAUGAAGAGGAAGUUGGAGGAGGGGAGAAGAAGGAUGUUGAGGAGGAGGAGGAGGAGAACGAACCGUUAGAAAAUCCGCAACAUCAACAACAACUACCGCCUCAAUCACCCCCAAUACCCACACAUGCUCGUAACCUUUUCCCAGAAUCAUUGCAGAAUCGUCAGUUUAACUCUUCCCAGAUUUUAAAUGAUGAGAGUUGUAGUAACAGCAUAAUUGAAGAAGAUAGGCAACAACAUGUUGGGGACGUUCAGAGGUCUCCAACAAUUUCUAAUCGUUCAUCUCCAGGUGACUUCUGCAGUUGA